CCGCCCGGCUCCCGGGUCAUGGCCCCGCGGCAGCCCCGCGCCCAGCUCGGCCCCCCGCCCGCCCGGGACUGACGGAGCCGGGCCGCCAUGAGCGCCAACCCCCAGUGGGACAUCAGCAGGGCGCUGGGGGUGGCCAGGCUCUUCCACCUGGUGUGCGGCGUCCGGGACGCCUGCGUGACUCCGUUCCUGACCCUCUACCUUAGGCAGCUGGGCUUGGCCGCGCCCUGGGUGGGCAUCCUGAUGGGGACCAAGCACCUGAUCGCGGCCUUCUGGGCUCCCUUCUGUGCCUUCCUGGCCAAAAGCUACCAGAAAAGGAGGGUGGUUCUGAUGGGCUCGCUCCUCGGCUCGGUGGGAGCCAGCCUGUUGAUGGUCCUGGUGCCGCCGCUGGACAAAGGUCCGCCCCGCUCCUGUAACGCCAGCGACGGCGCCACCCCCACGGCCCUGCCACCGGGGACCGCACGAACUGUGACUGUCGCCUCGAGCCCCGCGGCGGGGGCGCCCAGCCCCCCAGCCGAGAGCAGUCCUGGGACGCUGGACGCCGCUGGCUUCAGAAAGGCACCGGCGGAAAGUGUCCUCGAAUCAUCCGGCCGGCCGCCUGGCUACGCCGUGCGCUCCGUGGAAGGAGCCAGGACCACGUCCCCAGUUCUCCAACCGGUCACUUCAGGGAUGAAGGAUACUCCUGGAGAAGGUGCUUCUAAGGCGCGCAGAACGGCCCUCCCUUUGCUUGCUGGGGGUACAGCCCCGGGGAGUCCAGCCAACUUGUCAGCAGCCCAGGGGAAUGCCCGGGCCCUUGGCCUCUCCUUGGAAGGCUUGCGCUGGACUUUCCUCCUCUCCCUGGGGACCCUGGUGUUCUGGGAGAUGCUGGCCGCCCCUCUGGAGCAGGUGGCUGACGACAGCCUUUACGAAUACCUGGAUUUUGUGGACGCCACGGACCGCUACCGAAGUCUGUGGGUCUGGAGGCUGCUGGGCGAGUCGGCAGGCGUGUGCGGCAUCGCAGCCCUGGUGGGGCAGCUGGAGUGCGUCCUGAUGACAAACGGCCCCCGGGGCGUGUUGCAUUUCUACGGCUACUCGCUCGUCAGCGCCCUGGCUUUCCUGGUGAGCAUUGCCUUUCCCGUGCCCGUCUGCAGGCGGCGGGAGCCCAGCCACAAAACCGUCAAAGCGCUGUCCCUGGUGCGCGGCGACCCCCGGCUCAUUCUCCUAGCCCUCACCGUGCUUCUGAUAGGCGCCGCCUCCAGCACGGUGCAGAACUUUCUGUUCUGGAACAUGAAAGACCAUGGGAGCAGCGAGCUGGUCAUGGGUCUCUCGGUGGCCCUGGGCUUGCUGGGAGAGACUCUACUCCAUCCAUUCAAAGCCACGCUGCUGCGGAAACUGUCGAGGGAGGGCACGGUGGGGCUGGGGCUGGGCUGCCUGGCCACCCAGCUUCUCUACUACUCCUUCCUCUGGAGCUGGUGGUCCGUCCUCCCCGCUCAGAUCUUGAGCGCCGUUGGCAGCGGGGCCCUGUGGUGGGCCGUGAAGGCCUCCGUGGAGGACCUGGCCACUCCCGGGACGGAGAGACCUCUGGGUGUCAUGUUCCGAGGCCACCUUUACGGGGGAGGGUCCAGCCUGGGCAGCGUGGUGGGCGGCUUUGUGGUGGCGUCCUUCAGCCUGGCUGUGCUGUAUCAGGCCUGCUGCGUGGUCCUGCUGCUCUGGCUGGCUCUGUUCCUGUCCGUCCAGCCCAGACUGCCCCAAGAGCAGAAAAUCAACUACUCGAAACUGCUGGUCAUGGAGGCCAGCGACACGAGCGACUCCGAGCAGGGCAUGGAGCGAGACUGGCUGGUGAGGGCCAUGAGGGAGGAGGACUCAGAAUAGAAGGGCGGAGAGAAGGUCCAGAUGCGCCGAUCCCCAGGAAGGCGCCCAAAGGGGCUGGACAAGAACUCACCUGCCGAGGACACACCCUGCAUCCCGCCCCCCGGGGCUGCGAGGGAGUCUGGAGAGAGAGAGCGAGCAAGUCUGUGCAGAACCCCCCCACCCCCACCCCGGGGAUCAUCUCAUUGUAUGAUUCUCUUUAUUUUUACGGUAAAAGGAGAGUUAACUUUUUGCUGUUCAAUCUUUUUUAAAUAAUGGAGGAAGAAUACAUUUGCCAAAAAAAAAAAAAGUGCCCUUUGUAUUCACCAUGUUUGGGCAUAUAAGGUUUGCAAGAGCUUAAAACGGCACUGAUGCUGGUGCUGCUGAUUUCAGCCACGGCUGGAGUGCUCACGCAGUGGGGACCCGCAGAUCCAGUUGGCAGAGGGGACAGCUGGCUUUGUUUUGUGAGUCACGUGCGUUGCCAUGGGUCCUAGAGAGGCCAUGCUGUGCGCAGGUAAGAAUGGGAAUGAAUGCCAAGCAGGUGCCCGCACUCACACCCAGGUACCUGGGUUUCCCGAUCAGAGCAAAUGCUGGGCAGUGUAGUCGGUGUUGGGGGAGCAGGGAUUCAGGAUAAUACAUUUUCAUUCUCGCUCUCAGAUGUUUGUGUCACUGGGGGUGGGAUCCCUAGAAUUGUCUUCCGUACUUAUAUCUGAACAAGGACAGUUUCACGUCUUUGGGCACAAUUUCUGCACGCUCCGCCUCGCACAAGUUCAUGGAGAUUGUUUGCAACUGCUUGAUUGGGGCGUGGCAGCCUCCGUAGGGUUGGGGUGCCACAGGUGGUCCACAUUCGUGCCUGUGCUCAGCCACUCGGUGGGGUGACUGCUCCAGCCCUCCCACUCCCCAGGAAGGGGCCCUUUAUUCCAGAAGUCAGAUGCCAGAGACCACGUCUUCUAUCUCAUAUAAUGACGUAAGUACAGGAUGUUGGAUUAGAAGGGCCUCAUUUUACAAAUUGAAAAUGUGUCAUAGCCGGAGAAGGGGAACAAGCACAUGAAUGUCCACUGGGUCAGACACGGUUCUAGGAAAUUUAUUCUUUUUCAAUUUUCCCUGAGAAGCUUUAGGGUAUAAAUAACCAACAAAAAAAAUUAACCUCUGCCUUAAAUAAUUGGGGAUUCGUUGGUCUCACAUAAGAAGUCUAGGGGUAGGCAGUCCGGAGCUGGUACAGCUGCUCAGCAAUGCCACAAGGGACCUAAAUCUUUUCACCCCUCUGCUCCCAUCACCUUCAGCUCGUAGAUCCCAUAUUUGUCCACUCAUGAUAACAAGAUGGCUGCCACACUCCAGGCCUCUCAUCCGUGUUCCAGGCAAGAAGAAGAGGGCAAAGGGAGAAAUAGGAAUGAGCGCCUAUAUCAGGGAAACAAAAACCUUCCCAGAAAUCCUAAGCAGAUUUCUGCCACCCCAAACUGCAAAGGAGUCUAGGAGGUGGAAUAUUUUCCGCCAAGCAUGUUGUUUGAGGAAGAAGAGGGGGCUGAAUGUCCGAUCGUCAGCUAAAAACGUCUAGCACGGUAUCAGAAGUCGAACUCACAUCCAGGCCUGUCUCACUGCAAAGUCUGUGUUCCUCCCUACACGGUAAGCCAGUUUCCCCGCAUAAAUGGCUUUAGCAAUUCCACUCCCCUGCCAACAACCCUGUGAAUCCAUCAAAUUUGUUAUCCGCAUGUCACAAAGGAGAAGACAGAGUCUCGGAAAAGUCACACAUUGGGUCGCUGGCAGAAACACCACCAGAGCCCCAAUCUCUUUACCCCCAAUUUUGAUCAUUUUCUGCGAGGCCACAGUUCCCAAGCCCCGCUGUCCAUCCAAGUCAUCUGGGAAGCAGAUCCAAAAAGUCAGGUUCCUAGUUUCCAUCAGAACCUCCUGGCUGGCACCCAGAAAUCUGUAUUUUUGAUGCAAUCUCCCAGUGACUGGGAUGUGGCUGGCUGAGUGCUGGUCCACUCGGUUGCCCCUUCCAGCCCUGUCUGUCUCCCACUCCUUCCGGGAAUGCUUCUAGCACGCAAGGAAAUGCACUGUAGCUCCUGAGUGGUCACCGUGUGCUCACCACUGUUCUGAAUACUUGACACACGCCAGCUCACGUAACCCUCCAAGUGACAUUGGGACGCAGCCACUGUCACCAUCUCCAAUUUACAGAUGGCAAACUGACACUCGGUAACUUGCUGAAGGUCAACAGCUAGGAAGUGGCAGAGCUGGGACUCAGAUCCAGCCGGCACCAGAGUCCAAGACUUUAAUCACCAUGCUCUACGGCCAAGGAACCGGAGGAAAGAAGGGAAAUCCAGCAUUAAGAUUUCAGGCAGCUAUCACUUGAAACCUCCUGGACAGGGGACAGAACUCCGUUCGUAGACAGAACAUACAAUAAUAUCAAAAUACAAACACAGGUGUGUCCCCCUCCUGUAAACAAAAGGAUGAGGAAAAGGACUUGGUUUAAGAAAGGAUUGAAGUUAGGAAGGAGGAGAAGGAGGUAAGUGACAUGACAAUUUAAGGAUCUAAAAGAUUUUACAGGGAGGGUACUGAGAUAUUUGUGUUUGGGCUCUUUAGUUAAUAUGUGACAAUCCUCUGUUUGUAAAGAAUUACGGCUCCCUGUUACGGGGAACUCAAGAAUGAAUAAACUGCAUAGACCCUCCCCUCAAGAAGCUAAUGGUCUAAUGGGGAGAUUUACUUACCUACAGACACACGUACAUAAGCCAGCACAGGACAUCGUGACAAAAGCCACACACAGAGCACCAUGGGAGUGAGGAAAGGGACAGGUCAUUCCUGACCCAGGAAUUCAAGGAAGGUUUCGUGGGGAUGACAUUUAAGCCACGCUAACAGGCAGAGAGAGGGUGGUACCUUGGGGAAGGGCACUGCAGGCAGAGGGAACAGGUGAACAGAGUUUCCGCGGUGGGAAAAGCAUGCGGUCUACUUGGGGAAUGGCAAGAAAUACAGUUUGGCCGGAGCAAAGGGUUUGUGCGGCAGACAGGGCUGGGAGGAGAGCUUCCGUGUGCAUGGCUUUUACUGGUGCUUCUUUGCCGAGGCAUGAUGGAAGGAAGGACCAAGUCCAAGUCCUCGACCAAGACUCGAGGCAUGACUUUUUCUCUAUUAACUCUCUGGGAGGUCAGUGAAGCUUCAUAAAAUCAAAAGUGAAUGAAAUUCUUAGCUCCCAGCCUUAGGGCUAUCAGAGAUACCAUGUUCUAACAUAUCCCGGUUCCAAGUAAGAGGAAAGCAAACAUUGAAUGAGCCAUUAACCUUUACGCUCAGGCUUACUUAGACCAUUAUUUUCCCAGUGAGUUUUCCAGAACACUCAGUGUGGUGGGAGUAGAAGGCAAUAAAAAGUGUUCUUGGCUAACUAGUUGGGGAAAUGGUAUAAACGGCUGUCACCUCUUAGAAGCUUACAACACAUAUUGGCAAUGAAGGCUCCGUAAAGCCCUGUAGUCAGGAAACUCGGUUAGCUCCGUAAUUCCCCUUACCCGUGUGCUACCAUAGCCUCCUUCCCAGCAACCCCAAUCCCUGUCUGGCAGAACUAGUAUUUCCUGGAUGAUACUUUGGAACAUGCCAAUGUGGGUAGUUCUCUGUGUGACCUUUUCAACUGAGCAGAGUCAGUGCUCGGGGGCAAGUCUGGGCUCCCACCCCCAGACUGGCAAGGAUCCUGAGAAUCCUUGCUAAGAACUUGGCGAAGCUUGUCCCAUUAAAUCAGAGUGUGAACUCAUUUUACAGGUGAACUAACUAAGUUCAAAGCGAGGUCUGUUUGAGCCACACUGUCAGUUUCUAUGUUACAACUGGUUCAGGUAAGUGGAGAGUGUAUUCCUUGCCGGGGAGCAAGGAUCAGAGGCAGGGACAUGGCGGGGAGGAGACACUGAGUCUGCAGGUGGAUUUUGUAUGAGGAAUCAUGGGCAACAAGGUUGGAGACUUGGGUUGGAUCCAUAUUGUGGAUACCCUAACUGUUAACCCUAGAAAGGGGAACGCUCAUAGGCUGAACUGUGCCUUCCCUCUCUCUGGGCUUAAUACCAGCAUAUGGUAAUUCUUGUAAUUUUCACAACGCUAAUGCUCAUUUUACAGCAGGGGAAACUGAGUCUUGGAGAGCUUAACUGACUUAGUUGCUCAACCUCAUGACUAUUAGCUGGUGGAGCAUGGCUUGAGCACAGAUCCGACCACGGCAAAUGCCAUGGUCCUUUCUCUGAACAUCAUUCUGCUACUGGCGAAGUUUUACCAGCCACCGGAGAUGCACCGAAAGUUUUCGACCCUCUCUUGCCACUUGCCUUCUGAACAACAGGUCUGAGUUGGGGGGAGCUUUCGGAGUCUGGGCUGCCUAUUUUGGGCAGACCAUUGCAACUGUCCAGGCAGGGAGUGUGUUAGCAAGGGUUUCUAAUACCACAGUGAAUAGCAAUGGUAAAGCAACCAUUUUCGUUUUGCUUCAGACCUUGAAAAGACCUUCCCUUUUCUUCCGCGUUUUCAUGACAUUUUCAUCACAAACGUUAUCAAAAAUUUCCUGCAUCUAUUGAGAAGGACAUGUGAUUUUUCUUCUCUAGGCCAUUUGUGUGGUGAAUUUCACACUAACCAUGUAUUCUUAGAUGACCCCUGAUAAGUUGUGUUUAAAAAAAAAACACGUCGUUGUACUUGGCUGGCCAAUUAUUUUAUUGAAGAUUUGUGCACAAAUGUUCACUUUGCUUUUUCUUUCCUUAGCUAGUUUUGUUGUUAUGGUUAUACCAGUCUCGCCUUUAUAUUUUCUAUUUUAUGGAACGACUCAUAUAAGAUAAGACUCACCUGGCCAACGAAUGGUAGAACUGUUUGUCGUGGGCUGUCAGUAGAACAAGUUGUCCUGUAUACAGGCACUUAGACAAUUCUCUGUUUAUUCAUAUGACCUUUCACGUUUUUCUGUAUCCUUUUUAGUCAAGUUUUCAAAUGCCUUGGUGUAUUGUUGUUGAGACAGAAACCGCUGCGUGCCUACUCAACACUCAUUCUUCUCUCUGCUCUACCCAAGCUGUGUUCCGGGCAGCAGCUGCGUCCAAGCGAAAUGCUUACCUUCGCAGGAUGUCUGGGGAAGUCUUUGCUUUCCGGGGCAUAGGCUCCGCCUCCUCUAGGGGCUCCGCCUCCUCCUCUUCUUUCCUUAGGGGAGAAACAGCUGUCUCACAAUUGUCAAGUCGACAAGCAUGAACCAAAUGUGCCACACACGCUUAGCUGAACACAGCCCUUUUUGCUUAGCUGCUUUUAUCAGAGAUUUGUGUUUAGACUUUUCAAAAGACCCAUUUUGGGUUUUGCUAAUUUUGUCCAUUCUUUUGUUUUCUCUUUCCAUUUCUGCAUUAGCUUUGUUGCUUUCUUUCUUCUUAUUUCUGUGAAUUUACUCCGUUGCUUUUUCCCCCUUGAGUUACCUACUCAUCUCUUUUGCUCUGAGUAUGUCUUGUUUUCCAAUAAAUAUCAAAAAUGUUAAUUUCCCUUAUAUAUUGCUUUAGUACAAACUUUGACAUUGCAGUUCAGUUCCUAGUAUGUCGUGACUUUCCUUGCCAUUUCUUCUUUAGACCAAAGAUAGUUUUCAUUUUUCCUAGGAAUAUGGGAUUUUUAAAUGUUCUGUUUUUACUAGAUUGUAUCUUUAUUUCAUUGGAAAAUGUAACCAAUAUCAUCCUUUGUAAUAUGUGGCGAUUUCCUUUGUUUGUUAAGUAUAAAGAGGUGUGUGUGCACAAGCGUGCAUACAUUUUAGCUCAAGAUUAUUAAUUGUAUUAGUCAAAUAUUCUAUCCCUCUUAUUUUGGGUCUGCUUGCUGUAUCAUAUUCUGAAAGAGUUAUGCUAAAACCUCUAAAUAUAAUUGUUGAUAUAUCCA